GAGCUCCGACGGCAUGAUCAAAGCGCUCACUUCACGGCCGUGCUCGACAUAGCCUGUUUCAGACAUGAUGCCAUCGUAGAGGGUCACGCGCCGAUCUGGACCAUACCGUGUGGGCGCCAGGGCGCGGACCUCGCCGAUCGUACAGGAAUGGCAGUCCCUCUCAUCGUGGGCAAGGGGCAACAGCUGAUAUAGGCAGCCCUCACUCGUCUCGCCAUCUUCUCCAACACCUCCUAACUGCCCUCGCAACCAAGCAUCUACCACUACAUCGACUACAUCACCCCAGCGCAGUAUGGUCAUGCUUCUUACCUGGACGCACACCGCCAUGGCUCUCGCCGCCACCCUCACCGUCUUUGGUGUCAACAUUGCCCCUCGCGCCGGACACAACGUCGCUCUCGAAGGAGGCGCAGCGCUCGAGGCAGCCCGAGCCACACCCUUCCCCGACGAGGCCGAGCCUCAGCAGCCCCGCGACACCAUCGUCAUGCCGGUGGCUGAUCAUAUCCUCGCAACGAGAAACGUAGAAAUCGGCCACUGCUGCUCCAACAGCAUGUGCAAGGACGAAGGCUCCUCGGUUCAAGGUGUGGCUCAGGGCAAGAACCAGGUCCCUAAUUGCGUUGGCUUCAAGUUGAAGUAUUCAGCCGACUCUUUCUGCUCGUCCUCCAACUGCUCCAGCGCCACGGGCAAGUGCCGCGGGGGAGGGUUUCCUGCGGGAGGAUGCUUGAGCUUCAGCACGGGUGAAACGGUCGGCUGCGUGGCCAUGGGCAGUGGUGCCGUCGAGUUGUUCAAAGAACGUGCCAGCCAGGGUGCUCCUCAGCCUCGGCUUCUCGCUUCCGGUCUCAACAAGGCUCGAGGCAAGCUCGACAUCAACGCCGCUCGUGAUACGCACACGGUGUACAAAGCUCGAGACGCUCCCGAAGUCAACUCGGCCCGUCACGCCACCAUCGCGCGUAAAGCUACAGUCCGUGGCGAGCAAGAAGCCGCUCUCGCAAUUGACGCUGACGGGAUCAUCAAUGAGAAAACUGCCGCUCGCGACGAGUAGUCUCGCACAUCGUCGUUGUCAGACUUCGCCAGAGCAGACCAGACACAAGCCGCUUCUCUCUCGAGCACAUACUGUAGAGCCCUGUCUGUGACAAUCCUCUACUCGUUCGAAAUACAUCCUCACUUCAAUUCGA